AUAUCAUUAAAUUUAAAAAAAGUUAAACGUAAAGAAAGAGGUUUUGGCACCUGAAUAAAUUGAUCCAUUAGAAACGUAACGGUAACGUAACCAGCCACAGUUUGAGAGAAAAGGUAUCGUGAAUGGUGAUGCCAAGCUAUUAUAAGAGAAAGAAAAGCAAGCAUUGCAUGUAAAUAUAAAGAAACAACUUGUGAAUGAAAUGAAAUCGAGAAUGGAGAAAGAAGGGUGGAGUUAUGUGAUUGUGCGUCAUGAGAAGGAUAGUGGUUUUACAGACUUAUUGCGAUACGCUGUCUCCGCCCAAAAUCCAUUUUCAUCUUCCUUGGUUGUGGGUCCCACAGCCACUCCUCCUGAUCACAGAUGGGUCAUCCUCCUUUCCAUUCUCGUUCGCAAACUCAUCUCUUUCUUUGCUAAGCCUAUGCACUGGAUUGGCCUCUUUCUUGAUUUUUUCCUUAAUCUUCUCUCCCUCAACGCUAACUUCUUUGGUCUGCUUCGCAACUUUAUACAUGGGAGAGUGGUGGUACCUGAGAGGGGCUCAAAAACUUUUAUGAGUACAAUUGGUCACUUAGACGACAGGUUUGAUCUCAAAUUUGUGUGGGAGGAGAAGGGAGCUGCUUUCAAACCACAAAUGGGGAACCGGGCUUUAAUGGAACUCUGCAUUAUGUCUUCCAAGUUAGCAUAUGAGAACCCUCAACUCAUCAGAAAUAUUGUUAAUCGCCAUUGGAAGAUGCACUUUGUGGAUUUUUAUGACUGCUGGAAUGAUUUCCAGAAACAGAUGUCCACUCAAGUCUUCAUUCUAUGUGACAAACCCAGAGGUGCUAAUUUUAUAUUAAUUAGCUUUAGAGGUACAGAACCUUUUGAUGCUGAUGAUUGGAGUACUGAUUUUGAUUAUUCCUGGUGUGAAAUCCCAAAUGUGGGAAAAAUCCACAUGGGAUUUCUUGAAGCCCUUGGUCUGGGCAAUAGAGAUGACCCUGCAACCUUCUACUUUAAUCUCCAACGGAAAUAUACAAACUUAAUUAACUCUACAAAUGGUGUUCAUGUUGGAGCUAAUUACUCUUCAAAACACAACUCUGAAUCAUUAUUCUCAGGCACUGAUUCUGAUGAGGACAACCAAUCUUUCACUUCUGAGACUCCACAUGAGAAGACUGCAUAUGACAUUGUGAGAAGUAAACUCAGAAACUUAUUAGAGGAGCAUAAGGAUGCAAACUUCAUUGUUACCGGGCAUAGUUUGGGGGGAGCCUUGGCCAUAUUGUUUCCAACAGUGCUUGUGGUGCAUGAGGAGAUGAAGAUAAUGGAAAGGCUGCUUGGUGUAUACACAUUUGGCCAACCUAGGAUAGGGAAUAGCCAGCUUGCGAGAUUCAUGGAACCUCAUCUGGAUCGCCCUAUUCCAAAGUACUUCAGGGUGGUUUACUGCAAUGAUAUUGUCCCCAGGUUGCCUUAUGAUGACAAAACUUUCUUGUACAAACAUUUCGGAGAGUGUCUUUACUACAACAGCCACUACAUUGAAAAAAAUGUGAAAGAGGAGCCAAAUAGAAAUUUCUUCGGAAUGAGAUUCAUAUUAUCAGAACAUUUGAAUGCUGUUUGGGAGUUAGUUCGAGGAUGGACAAUGGGUUACGUUGAAGGAGCAGAGUAUAAAGAAGGGUGGUUUCGCAUAUUGGUAAGGAUAAUAGGACUGGCACUUCCUGGUUUUUCAGCUCAUUGUACCACAGAUUAUGUCAACUCUAUAAGACUUGGGAAGGAAUGCUCCAUUCAAAUGUCUUCUAUUUAAGAAUGUGUCUCAUGUAUUAUGGCUUCCUUGUUCUUCGUUCCCAAUGGUUGCUUGGCUUUUCCAGGUGUCUAAAAUUCAUACAUGAAAGCUUAUGCUUGUGGUUGUUUUCCUUUGCAAUAUAGUUUUCCCUGUUAUGUGCUUUUUAUGUUGGUGAUGAAGAGUAUGUUACAAUUACCACCAGAUGAAAACUUGAAAUGAAUGUAUCCAUGUCAAAAUUUUGUUUAAA